AUGUCCCAAUCCAAUAGCUUAGCUGCAUCUCCCAUUUUCAAAGCAUCGCUUUCAGCAAGCCAAUCUCCACGUUAUAUUUUUAGUUCUCAGAAUGGCACAAGAAUUGUUUUCAUUCAAGAUAACAUAAUAAGGUGGUGCAAUAUGCUCACUGAUUCACUUUACCACAGUUUGAACUUUAGUCGUCACCUGGUCUUGGAUGAUACUUUCCAUGUAAUAUCUAGUAUCUCUGGUGACUUACUGUGUUUUUUCAGUCAUCAAGAAAUUUUUGUAAUGGAAGUUCCCUGGGGCUAUUCCAACAUUGAAGACGUUUCCAUGCAAGAAGUAUUCCAAAUUUUCUACUACUCAAUUGAUGAAAUUGAAGUUGGCCCGAAAUCACUUAUCAAGAAAGUUUUAUUUCAUCCAAAGGGUUACCGUGAUUCUUGUAUAGUGGUCUUAAAAGAGGAUGACACUAUCACGAUGUUUAACAUUCUCGAUCAACAAGAAAAGCCUAUCAUUUUGAACAAACCUAGUAACUCCUUUGGUUUAGACGCACGCGUUAACGACAUCGCAGAUUUAGAAUUCAGUAAGGAUGGAUUGACGUUGUAUUGUCUAAACACUACAGAAGGUGGUGACAUCUUUGCAUUUUAUCCAUUUUUACCGUCAGUGUUACUGUUAAAUGAAAAAGAUCUCAGCUGGAUUUUAAAAAAAUCUCUAGUAAUGUACGAGUCCCUCGAUUCCACAACGGAUGUUACAGUCAAAAGAAAUAUUAUUAAACAAUUGCAGUUUGUGUCAAAAAUUCAUGAAAAUUGGGAUUCAAAACUUGGUAAAGUCGACAUUCAAAAGGAAUAUCGUUUUGUCAAAAUGCAAGGACCAUUCACCAUAAAUCCUUUUCCUACCGAGUUGUAUGACUUUACUGCCACAAAUAUCGCAACCAUACCAAUUGACCAUGGGGAAAAUGAACUUGUUUGUGUCAGUUUUGAUGAUGGAUCUUUAGUCUUGCUAUUCAAAGAUUUAGAAAUGACAAUGUCGUGGGAUGUGGACAAUUAUGUCUAUAAUGAUUCAUUGGUUCUAAUUGAACGAAUCAAAAUACAAAGAGAAAUCAAGUUCCUGAAAGCAUUACCUGAACAGUUAGGAAAAUUGUAUAUCUUUUCCGAAAAUUUUCUACAACAAGUAAAUUCCACAAACUGGACUUCUACACUGAGCAAAUGUAUUAAUGAAUCAGAUCUGAAUCCACUUGCAGGUCUGAAAUUUGAAAGUAAACUUGAAGAUAUUGCUACCAUAGAAGGCAUUCCAAACCUAGCCUAUAUCAACUGGGAUGAUCAAUCAAACUUAGCUUUGAUGUCGAAUAAGAAACUAACCUUUCAAAUUAUAACAAACGAUCAAAAAGUGCAAAGCGCUCUAGUUGAAACAGACACAUGUAUAGAGAAGAGUGACAUGGUGAGAGAUAUUUAUAAGGUAAGUUUCACACAACCCAUAAAUGAGAUUCUGAUUUUGAACGAAAACUUCCAAAAAAUUUGCAUAAGUCCAUGUGAACAAAUCAUCUCAUCUGCGGAUCGUCAAAUACCUUUGAAAAACGAAGCUAGUGAAAACCAGUUGGAAAUUUUCACGGAUGUUUCUAAAGAAUUUUUACAAAAAAUUGUCAAAGCUCAAACCUUAGGUGUCUCUAUCUACAACAGAAUUCAUGAGCAGCAAUUCGAAUUGACGCGUCAAUUACAAUCUACAUGCAAAAUAAUUUCUAAGGAUGUUGAUUUACGGAAAAAAUUCGAAGUACAAAAUAAGAAAUGGGAUGCACAAGCAAGCAGACAGUCAGAAUUAAUGAAGAGAUUUAGCAAACUGACCAAAAAGCUUUCUCAAAUUGCCGAAUCCAAUAAAUUCAAAGAAAAAAAAAUGAGCCAUGGUGAGAUGGAAUGGUUCAAAGAGAUACGAAACCAAAUAUUGCAAUUUAACUGCUUUGUUCAUUCUCAAAAAUCCCUUCAGCAAGAUUUAUCGUAUUUGAAGAGUGAACUAACUCGUAUUGAGGCUGAGACUAUCAAGGCCGAUAAAAAGAGUCAAGACGAAUGGGAUGAGUUACGCAAGAUGCUUGAAACAGAUUCAAAAAUUAUUAAAGAGUGCAACGAAGAAUUGCUGCAUGUUUCUCAGCAACUCACUACUAAGACUCAAUGA